AUGGGAGAGGAGAACCAAACCUCUGUGCUAGAAUUUGUCUUCCUGGGCCUCUCACAGGAUCCAAAGACACAAGUUCUGCUCUUCUUCCUCUUUCUGGCCAUCUACCUGCUGACCGUGCUGGGAAACCUGCUGAUGGUCGUGCUCAUCCACACAGACCCAAGACUCCACACACCCAUGUACUUUUUCCUCAGAAAUCUGUCCUUUGCUGAUCUCUGUUUUUCUACCACCACAGUGCCCCAAGUGCUUGUCCACUUCCUGGUGAAGAGGAAAACCAUUUCCUUUGUUGGAUGCUCAGUACAGAUAGUUGUUUUACUUCUGGUUGGGAGUACAGAGUGUGCGCUUCUGGCAGUGAUGUCCUAUGACAGGUACGUGGCUGUGUGCAAGCCACUGCACUACUCCACCAUCAUGACACAUGGAGUAUCUGUCCAGCUGGCCGUAGGGUCCUGGGCCAGUGGAGCCUUUGUGUCCCUGGUGGACACCACAUUCACAUUGCGUCUUCCCUACCGAGGAAACAAUGUGAUUAACCAUUUUUUCUGUGAGCCUCCUGCCCUUUUGAAGCUGGCUUCAGCAGACACUUACAGCACAGAAAUGGCCAUCUUUGCGAUGGGUGUGGUAAUCCUCCUGGCUCCCGUCUCCCUCAUCCUCAUGUCCUACUGGAAUAUCAUCUCCACUGUGGUCCACGUGCAGUCUGCAGAGAGAAGGCUCAAAGUCUUCUCCACCUGUGGUUCCCAUCUCAUUGUUGUUGUUCUUUUUUAUGGCUCAGCAAUAUUUGCCUACAUGAGGCCAAAUUCCACAGUAAUGAAUGAAAGGGAUAAAAUGAUAUCUGUGUUCUACUCCACAGUGACACCCAUGUUGAACCCCAUCAUUUACAGCCUGAGAAACAAGGAUGUCAAAGCGGCUCUCAGGAGAGUAACUGCAAAACAGUCUGAUGGGCAGUGGUGA